AUGCGACACCUGGCUGCGGCAUACAGACCACUGACACUGAGGGCAUCUUCGCUGGCCUCAACACCAUACUUCAGCAAAUACACAGCGAUGGCGGCCACACGGCGGUCUGCGCGCAUCAGCAGCAGGGCGAGCGCCCAGGAAGCCGCCGAAGCUGCCAAGGUUACUGCAAAUAUCACUGUCAUAGAUGGCGACGAUGGCGAUGCUGCCGACGCCGCCGCUUCCCCUCCCCCAAAGGAGAACAUGAGGAAGAGAAAGACGGUCCCGGAACCUGAGCCCUCGGCGCCCAAAACGCCGACCAAGAAGCAGCGCCCAGCUGCUCCCCCCUUAACGCCCACCACCAGCGCCGCACAACUCAAUGGGACCAAAGGCACCGCUCACAAGUCAGUUACCCGCCUCGCGGAUCCUAGAUUCUCCAAUGCCACGCUGCUGUCGCCGGAGACGUCGCGGGUGAUUGCGUCACGCAAUGUGGAGGCAGUGUCGCCUUCAAAAGCACCCUCCAUUGGCGUCAGGACGACGACAACAGCGACAAUCCUGAAAGAGGCGUGCGAUUAUCUCAUCAAGGUCGACGAGCGCAUGCGGCCCCUGAUCGAGAAGCACCAUUGCCACGUCUUUUCUGCCGAGGGGCUGGCGGAGAAGAUUGACCCGUUCGAGAGCCUGGUGAGCAGCAUCAUAUCGCAGCAAGUCUCCGGCGCGGCGGCCAAGUCCAUCAAGAACAAGUUCAUCGCCCUCUUCUUCCCAGAGGGCCAAGCCGUGCCUGUGCCGCCGCCCGCCGACGGCGACCCUCCUCCGGCCGAGCGCAUCUUCCCCACGCCGUCCGAAGUCGCCGCGUGCUCCAUCGAGCGGCUGCGCACCGCGGGUCUCUCGCAGCGCAAGGCGGAGUACGUGCAGGGCCUGGCCGAGAAGUUCGCCAGCGGGGAGAUCACGGCCCAGAUGCUGCACGACGCGCCGGACGAGGAGCUCAUGGAGAGGCUCAUUGCCGUGCGCGGGCUGGGCAAGUGGUCCGUCGAGAUGUUUGCCUGCUUCGCGCUCAAGCGCAUGGACGUCUUUUCGCUGGGCGACCUGGGCGUGCAGAGGGGCAUGGCCGCCUUCGUCGGCCGGGACGUGGCCAAGCUCAAGAACAAGGGAGGCAAGUGGAAGUACAUGUCGGAGCAGGACAUGGUGGAGCUGUCUGACAAGUUCAGUCCGUACCGGAGCUUGUUUAUGUGGUACAUGUGGAGGGUGGAGGAGACGGAUAUCAGUACCUUGGAGUAG